GCCCAGGAAAAAAUUUUUUGGGGGACUGGCGCAAAAAACGUCUUUGCGUUUGUUCGGUAGCCGAAACGGUAUCGCACUUUAGAAUGGCCAGAAACUAAGUGCGAAUCAGGCGAUACAGCAGGAUGUCUAUAGAGGCUGAGGCGUUGCUGCAGGAGGCUAAGGAGAGUAUAGAAGCAGCUCAGAAUUACAGGAGCGAACUACAACAACGCCUACAUGGACUCAGCCAGGCACGCAAACAGGUACGAGGCAGCUCGUCUCAGGCCAGGGAGGGGUUGAAGCGUCAUUUCUCAGAGCUCCAGACGGCUGUGACCCGCCUCCUGACGGAGCGUCUGAGCGUGCUCCUUAGCGAGGUGGAUGUCAUCGAGCAGGACAGCGUACGACCGCUGGACGACUGCCAGAAACUCAUAGAACACGGAGUGAACACUGCAGACGAGCUGCUCCGAGAGGGUGAGGUAGCUAUCCGUUGUGGUCUGGGGGAGAAGGAGGACAAGCUGGGGAGUUUCACCAAGAAGGCCCUUCAGAUCCAGCUGGACAGCCUUCCGGAGGUACCAGUGUUAGUAGACGUGCCGUGUGUAUCUGCCCAGCUGGAUGACUCUCUGCUGUACGCGGUGAGAGACAGAGUGUCACGACACGGAUCAGUCUCUUCACACCCUCCGGUCCAGAUAGAGGAACUCCAGGAGAGACCUGGCAGUGUGUUAGUACGCUGGUGUAAGGUGGAUGAUGAGUUUGCGGUGCAGGACUACCGUCUGCAGUAUCGUCGCUCAGUGUCUGGUCAGUACGAGGAUACCUACAUCGGGCCGGAGCAGGAGUUCCUGGUCCUACACCUGGAUCCCCACACUGAUCAUCUGUUCAGGGUGUGUGCCCGGGGGGAGGGACGGACCGAGUGGAGCCCCUGGAGCGUCCCACAGACAGGAUACACCACACUGGCUCCCCAUGAGUGGCGUCCAGGCAGUGAGGGCUACAUCCUCAGCAGUAGAAGGAACAUCGCCAUGCGGAGUGACUCGUCCCCCUCUAAAGCUGGGGUUCUCUACUCCAACGCUCCAACGUACUUCUGUGGACAGACGCUCACCUUCAAGAUCUCUGCGACGGGCCAGGUGGACAAGCGGGACAGUAUCGGGGUGUGUGUGGGGUGUGAGGGAGAGGCGGAGUCUCUCCAGAGGGACCAGGCCGUUUGCAUCUCCACCAACGGAAUGGUGUUUGUCAACGGUAAAGAGAUGACCAACCAGCUGCCUUCUAUCACCCUCGGCUCUGCCGUGACCUUUGAUAUGGAAGUGGUCAACCUACUACCUAUUAGCAACAACAACCUUAGCGACGGAGGCAACUUCAAGCUGAGGGUUACGAUUGGCUCAGGGAACCGGGAAGUGGUGUUUGAUUGGCUGCUGGACCAGGGGGUGGACUGCCUGUUCUUUGGUUGCUCCUUAGCCCACCCUGGUUGGAAGGUGCUGGUGUUUUGAGGCUGCUGAUUGGACAGCAGCCCCGUCAGUCAACACAAAGGGACAAGCAGAGUAACAGUCCUGUCUGCUGGAGUUGUCCUGUCCCAAAUCAACCCCGAGACCCAACCCCUUAGACCAGUGGUAUUCAAACUUUUUUUUUAGCAGGGACCCUAUUUGUUUGUGUGCAUUUUCUCAUGAACCCACCCCAAAAAUAAUGACAACCUUAAAUUAGUACAUUUUACAUCAACAAAUAAUCCUUAAUUCGUUACAUUUACAAGACACCAAAAUAAAUGUACUCAAUUGUAUUUUUCAAAUACGUUUGUAUAAUCUGUACUCGUACUUUUUGUUUAGUGGGGUCGCGAUCAUCGCCUUUGAAUAUCACUGCCUUAGCCUCUACCCCCUAUAGCAACCUUUCAGUAUUGGGGUAUUUCUAAAAUGUGAAUUCAACUGCUGUUUACAGUAAUGUACCCCAUCUGUUCCUUUCACCCUGGGAAAUGUUUCAUCUGGCCUUCUGCAGCUAUCUGUGCUUCCUCCAGGUAUGACUGGUGAUGGCUGUCUUCUCCGGUAUCAGAACAUCUCACCUCCUGUAGCACACCUUUCUCCUCUUGGCACCUGGAUCGACAUUGUACGCAAAGCCCUUUCUGAACUGCCUGAUAAGAUAUCCUGCCAUCUGAUACAGACUCGUGUGCCAGAACUGACCAAUCAUUCUUCCUUUUCAAUGACUCAGGCUGUGCAUGAAAUGGCACCCUAUUCCCUACAUAGUGCUAUGGGCCUUGGUCAAAAGUAGUGCACUAUAUAGGGUGCCAUAUUUCAGAUGCACAUUCUCUCCAAACGUCCUAAAAUUGUGUUUUUUUUACUUUUGAAUGUGAGAACAAUAAGGGAGUGGUCUCAUUCAGAGACCUUAGAAGUGAUCAGAGAGAGAGAGAGACGUUACCUUUCAUCAAACACAUGAGCUGCAAAGCACGCUGGUGUGGUUUACCACAGAAUAAGACACCACCACUGUGAAAAACGAUUCCCUCGAGAUCGUAACCUCUUCUUUUGUCAGUCUCUCCUUCCCUGUCGACCCGUUUAAUUCUCUAGCUCAGUGAGCAGAACUCGUGGUGUGGACGAAGUGUUCUGAAUCAGAUUCCAUUUCAUGCUCUUAAUGUGCUUUUUAAAAACUUGUUUUAUUUUUUUUGCUAACAGUUUUCACAACCAUGUAAUGUAACUUCACUUGUAGACAUUGAUGAAUUUUGGGGGGAACGUGUUCUACUUGUGAGAAGUGAUUUAUAUUUUAAAACGGUAUUCUAUUUCCUCUAGAGCAAUAUAGGGACGAGUGGGUUGCUUCCUGUGGUUCUGCAGAGAUGGAAUGGUUGCUGUGGUUACAGAGCGCUCUUCAGCAGACUGACUGUUGAGUUAAAUAAAGGUUAAUUUGAACCAUCUAACUAGGCAAGUCAGGUAAAAACAAAAUGUUAUUUACAAUGACGGCCUGCCCCCUAACCCGGACGACGCUGGGACAAACCCUAUGGGACUCCCGAUCACGGCCGGUUGUGACAGCCUGGAAACGAACCAGGGUCUGUAGUGACACUGCGUCACUUGGGAGUGUGACCAUUUAACAGGUUAACAGUGGUCAUACAUAAGACACUGCUAGAUAAAAGUUAUAGCUGGAUACAGUAUACAGCUGUAUAGUUACUCUGUGGCAGUGUUGCUUCACGUCCAAAUCAUCUGAUAUCAGUGAAAGGCUGCCAAUGGCGCAAGGGUAAGGUGGUGGGGUUGGAAAUGGAACCAGGCCACCUGUUAAAGUGGGGUCGUACUCAGCUGUCUGUCAUCCACCACCCUCAUGCAAACAUCCGUCUCUGAUUCCUUUAACUGUGUGGCUGAGUCCCAAAUAGCAGCCUAUUCCCCAUCUAGUGCACUACUAGAUGGGGAAUAGGAUCCAUAGGGCUGGUCAAAAGUAGUGCACUUUUGGAAUGCUGACUGUGACUUGUAAUCAGGGUUGGGCUCAGUUCCAUUUCAAUUCGGGAGGUUAACUGAAAUUCCAAUUGCGUUAAAGUGGAAUGUGAGUUGACUUCCUAAAUAGCAUUGACCCCAGUCCUGCUUUUAUUAUCUACAUGUGUGUGUAUACCUCCUUGUGCCUUCCUUCAGUACAGAAUGAAUGCCCCAGAAACAUCCAAUAAAUUGCUUACUCAUCUA